AUGGACGAGGAACAGUUCCAUGUUCUUACAACGACGUGCGGUACACCGGGAUACAUGGCGCCCGAGAUCUUCAAGAAGAGUGGUCAUGGAAAGCCAGUAGACAUCUGGGCCAUCGGUGUCAUCACCUACUUCUUGCUAUGCGGCUACACCCCCUUUGACCGCGACUCCAACCUGGAAGAGAUGCAGGCCAUCCUUGCAGCAGACUACUCCUUCACCCCCAUCGAAUACUGGCGCGGUGUCUCCCACGACGCACGGGACUUCAUCAAGCGUUGCCUAACCAUCGACCCUAGCGCUCGGAUGACAGCCCACGACGCCUUGCAACACGCCUGGGUCAACCCGCCCUACGACACAUCCGCCGACAAGCUCGGCUCCGGUGAAGAUCUCCUCCCGACCGUCAAGAAGAACUUCAACGCCCGUCGCACCCUCCACAAGGCCAUCGAUACCGUUCGCGCCAUCAACAAGCUUCGCGAAGGCGGCGGCCUAAUGAUGGACGGCAUGAUGAGCGUCGACCCCAAGCCCGAACGAGUCAACGGCAACGACGUCAUCGAAGAACGACGGGACCACGACGGAGACAUGGAAAUUGACGGUCGUGCCAAUGCUCGUGGUCAGACGGAAGAGCAGAUCCGUGCUCAAGAGCGGAAAGUCCAAGAAAUGGUCGCCGGGUUGUGGAGUCGGACUGGGAAGAAAUAA